GUCCCAUCUUUAAAAGAGCUAUUUUACAACUCGGUGAAAAGCAACAAGAAAGGAAAUAAGUUUCCCCUCGACGUAUCUUUUUUUUUUUUUUUUAGGACCGCGCGCUGCGCAUUGUCCCGAGACGUGGUAGGUUUCAUUAGCCAGAGUAGGAGAUUAGGGACGCAGCACCGAUGCGGGAGGACCGUAACACGCCGAGUUUAUCGCAUGGAGCCGAAGUACAAUCCUAGCCUUUCUCCGCAUUUGGCAAAGGUUUCUUAGAAUUGCUAUUCCCGGAGCCCUUUUCGGUCCGACGGUGCAGACGCGCCUCUCCCACGAAGCGCAUCAAAGGGGGCAGAGAAAAGCCUGCAAGGCCGGCGUCCUCCAGAAGAAAGAGAGAGAGAGAGAGAGUGAAAGAUCCCCUCGCCAAGCGCUGCCGGGUUCUCGCAUUCCGGGCUGCGGGGUGUGGAGAGGGGGGACGAGGAGGAGGAGAAAGAAGAAGCCGGCGGAACACGCAAAGGAAGUCGGGAAAAGGUUUUAUAUCCGGGAAUCUUGGGCGACAAACCCACCGACAAAAUGGCGGCCCGGAAUUGAACCCCCCUCAAAAAAAAAAAAAAAAAAGGGGGUAGAAAUUGAGGGGGGAGGGGAGCCGGAACGUUUUAGGCUAAACCGCGUAACUAUCGCUGGGAAAUCCCGUCGUCGUGUCGUCGUCGUCAUCUUCCUCCGGUUUGCUGGGCUUGAGGCGCUGUCACCACCGCCUUUCCGCCAGGCAGACUUGAAUGGAUGUAUGUACUACUGGAGUCAAGAUCAACUGUGUUUUGAGGUUGCCAUCCAACUGAUUACAGUAUUAAGCAUAUUGAAAAUCUUGGUUAGAAGUUAUACGAGUUCAUGAAGAGAAGCGAGAAACCAGAGGGAUAUAGACAAAUGAGGCCUAAAACAUUUCCUGCCAGUAAUUACACUAGCAGCAGUCGGCAGAUGUUACAAGAAAUACGAGAGAGCCUUAGAAAUUUACCAAAGCCUUCGGAUGCUGCAAAAGUUGAACAAAAUAUGGGAAAAAUACCAACUGAAGAUCCCAGACAAGGUCGAAAUCCCCCUAAGUUUGUUACCUAUCAUAAAGCUUUGCAAGAAAUUAGAAAUUCUCUACUUCCUUUUGCAAAUGAAACAAGUUCUUCAACCAGAGGAACAUCAGAAGUUAAUCGUCAGAUGUUUCAAGAUCUGCAAGCUGCUGGAUUUGAUGAGGAUAUGGUUGUGCAAGCUCUAAGACAAACCAAUAGCCGCAGCAUAGAAGCAGCCAUUGAAUUUAUAAGUAAAAUGAGUUAUCAAGAUUCUCGUCGAGAACAAAUGGCAGCAGCUGCAUCUAGACCCCUUACUGCUGGCCCCAAGCCCCCAGCAGGAGGAACAGUACAGCAGUCAGUUAUCCGUAGACAAAGCUGGAAAGGUUCUAAAGAAUCUUUGGUACCCCAGAGACAUGCUUCUGCACUGGGAGAUGGCCUUACUUUUCAUUCAGAAAGCCCUAUUUCUCAGGGUGAAGUAGGAAGACCAUUAUCUGGAUCUGGAAUAGCUGCAUUUGCUCAGGCUCACCCUGGUAAUGGACAAAGAGUGAACCCACCACCUCCACCUCAAGUCAGAAGUGUUACUCCACCACCACCCCCUCCCAGAGGAACACCACCUCCUUCCUGGGAAGCAAAUUCUCAAACAAAACGGUAUUCGGGGAACAUGGAAUAUAUGAUAUCUCGCAUUUCUCCAGUGCCUCCAGGAUCAUGGCAGGAUGGUUAUCCUCCCCAAACUAUGAAUUCGUCAUCUAUGAAUCCUUCUGUGCAGGGACAAAGAGGUAUUAGUUCGGUUCCUGUUGGUAGACAACCAAUAAUCAUGCAAAGUUCAGUUAAUAGCAAAUUUAGCUUUUCAUCGGGAAGGAGUGGAAUACAAAAUGGCAAUUGUCAGGCUGAAUAUAUUGUUCAUCAAAAUAUUGUGCCUGGUAACUCAGCAAGUCGCCAACCACCUCCUCCUUAUCCAAUAUCUCCAACAAGCCGACAAAGUCCUACACCUUUGCAGAUGCAAACAGGAGGUCCUGCUCCCCUUUCAGCAUAUCCUAAUGGGAACAUUUCUCAAUCUAUGAUGGUGCCAAAUAGAAACAGCCAUAAUAUGGAAUUAUAUAACAUAAAUGUUCCAGGAAUUCCAACAACCUGGUCACAAUCAUCCUCUGGAAAUGGACAUGACAUCCCAGUAUGGCAAUCCAAUAUUCCAGUAAGGUCAAAUUCUUUCAAUAAUCAUGUUGGAAACAGACAAAACCAUACUGCGAAUUCACAAUCUUCUGCUACAACAGUUACAGCCGUUACUCCAGCUCCUAUACAGCAGCCAGUAAAAAGUAUGCGUGUAUUGAAACCAGAACUGCAAACUGCCUUAGCUCCUACUCACCCUUCUUGGAUUUCUCAACCAAUGCAAACGGUCCAGUCCACGUCCUUUUCUGAGGGACCAUGUACAAUUGUGCCAGUCAUUUCACCUGCAGCAGAAGGUGGAAAUUAUCAAGGGCCACCCCCUCCUUAUCCAAAGCAUUUAUUACAUCCAAAUCUAUCUGCAACCCCAUAUGAAGCUAUGACAAAGCCUGGCAAAGAAGAUCAGCCUGGGUUUCCUAAAGAAGAGGAUGCUGAAAAGAAUGAGAACAGUGAGACAAUCGAUAGAGAGAAGAAGCAAAUAACAACUUCCCCUGUUCCUGUUAGGAAGAAUAAAAGAGAUGAAGAACGGAGGGAAUCCCGCAUUCAAAGCUAUUCUCCUCAAGCAUUUAAAUUCUUUAUGGAGCAGCAUGUUGAAAACAUACUCAAAUCUCAUCAACAGCGACUGCAUCGUAAGAAACAGCUUGAAAAUGAAAUGAUGAGGGUUGGGUUAUCCCAAGAGGCCCAAGAUCAAAUGAGGAAAAUGCUUUGCCAAAAGGAGUCCAACUACAUCCGUCUCAAAAGAGCUAAAAUGGAUAAAUCAAUGUUUGUUAAAAUUAAGACUCUUGGAAUUGGGGCAUUUGGAGAAGUCUGUUUGGCCAGAAAGGUAGAUACAAAUGCCUUAUAUGCAAAAAAAACACUUCGAAAAAAGGAUGUACUACUUCGAAACCAGGUUGCUCAUGUUAAGGCUGAACGGGAUAUUCUUGCAGAGGCUGAUAAUGAAUGGGUAGUUCGUCUGUACUAUUCGUUCCAAGAUAAGGACAAUUUGUACUUUAUAAUGGACUAUAUUCCAGGAGGAGACAUGAUGAGUUUAUUAAUUCGAAUGGGAGUCUUUCCCGAAAAUAUGGCUCGAUUCUACAUAGCAGAACUGACCUGUGCUGUUGAAAGUGUUCACAAGAUGGGCUUCAUUCAUAGAGACAUAAAACCUGAUAACAUUUUGAUUGAUCGUGACGGCCAUAUCAAAUUGACAGACUUUGGACUUUGUACUGGCUUUCGGUGGACACACGAUUCCAAAUACUAUCAGAGUGGUGACCAUCCCCGUCAGGACAGCAUGGAUUUCAGUAAUGAAUGGGGAGAUCCAGCAAGCUGUAGAUGUGGAGAUAGACUAAAGCCUCUUGAACGUAGAGCAGCACGUCAACAUCAGCGCUGUCUAGCACAUUCACUUGUUGGGACACCAAAUUACAUUGCACCAGAAGUAUUAUUACGGACAGGAUAUACACAGCUAUGUGACUGGUGGAGUGUUGGAGUGAUUCUUUUUGAAAUGCUAGUAGGUCAACCUCCCUUCUUAGCACAAACACCAUUGGAAACGCAAAUGAAGGUUAUCAAUUGGAAAACAUCACUGCACAUACCACUGCAAGCAAAACUAACUCCAGAGGCAUCAGAUCUUAUUAUUAAGCUCUGCCGAGGACCAGAUGAUCGCUUAGGCAAGAAUGGUGCGGAUGAAAUAAAAGCACACCCAUUUUUUAAAUCUAUUGAUUUUUCAAGUGACCUACGGCAGCAACCUGCUUUUUAUAUUCCUAAAAUUACACAUCCCACUGAUACAUCAAAUUUUGAUCCAAUUGAUCCAGAUAAAUUAUGGAGUGAAGAUAAAGAAGGGAAUGUAAAUGACACACUUAAUGGGUGGUAUAAAAACGGUAAACAUCCUGAGCAUGCUUUUUAUGAAUUCACGUUUCGAAGGUUUUUUGAUGACAAUGGGUAUCCAUAUAGCUAUCCAAAGCCUAUUGAAUAUGAAUACACUAAUUCUUGUAGAUUAGAAUCGCAGUCUGAUGAAGAUGAUGAGAGGACCAAUAGAGAGGUCCAAAAUCGUGAUCUAGUUUACAUUUAACAGAGAAGAUAAACCGUGUUUCUGAAUUUUUCAAAUCAUGUGGGGGGAAAAACCUGAGAUACUAUUAGAAAGCUGACUUUGUACCCUCUUGGAUUGGAAAAUGCUAAUUCCCAUUUUUUUCACAUUAAUUUUUUUCUCAUAAAUAGCCCUUUUUCAUCUUUAAUUUAUUCCAUCAUUGUUAGUGCUUAAUAUAGAAAAUAAUAAUAUUAGGAAAAAUAAAUUAUAAAUUUAAGCUUUUUGUAAACAGAAUAUAGUGAUUUCUUUUAGGAAAUGAGAUGCCUAUUUUUUUAUAAACCACAACCAUUACUUUCUUCCAGAAUUUUGCAGUCAUUGCCUGUCUUGCAUUAGCUAAUUCUUAGUAAACUCACAGACACUUUGUCUAGUUAGCCAUAUUAUCAAAUACAAUAUAUAUAAAGCAAAGUAUAAGAUCAUUAGUUAUUAUGAGCUCUGGCUGUAGAACAAGGCUGCAAUCUAACAUUCAUGAAAUGACUAAAUCCAUUGAAAAUAGUAUCUUCAUUAUAUAUAAAAAAGAUUGCACUUCAAACUGUCUGUAUCCUUACAAUAAACAAAAUUUGUAUCAGAUUAUAAUUAUUUUGACUUUGCAUAACAGAUUGUAAUUGGUGAUCCUAUGCAGCAACUCAAAAUGUCAGCUGCUUUAGAUAGCUAACAGAAACUGUUUAUCACAAAAUUAAUGUUAAAAUUUUGAUUUUAGUUUUUUGCAAUUCGGCAAAUGUUGACAAAAUUUAAAAUGUUUGAACCCCCAUGAUAUCUAAUUGCAAAAUCUGUUUUAAUAACUAUUUUACACGGCCUAGUAUUCCCAAGUUACUAGGUUGGAAUAAUUCCGGUCCAUGCUUAACAGGGAUUAAAUAUAAUUUACACCAUUGUUUUAUUCUGAAUCAACACCCUGAAAUUAAAGAAAAAAGCUGCAUCUUUUGCCAUUGCAGCUUUUUUUCCUUCUACUGGCAAUACUCUGCUUUUUUAAAAUAUUCUGCUUUUUUAUCUACAGAUAUAUAGCAUAGCACUGUGUAAAUAUUUCAAGCUCCCUGUGCUAGUACUGUAUUCCUGUAUCUGAAGAAUCUCCAAGCACAUUUUGUGCUUUCUAAUGUCAUACAUUAAAAUAUGUAUGUACUGAGUCUUUUUUUAAAAAAAAAUUAGAAAAUAAAUCUUUUUUUCCAGCCAGUUAUUUAUUGUUUAUUAUAUUUAUGGUUAUUAUUUCAUUUAAAAGAAGUGUGGCUUACAAGUAACUUCUCAAUAAGUUUUUAUCUGGCCUGUUUUUCAGGCCAAACACAUUUAGUUUCAGCAAUAGAAGUACAACUUGUCCCUUUGCAGCAAUGCCUGUUACUUACCUUUGAUUCUCUUUUGAGCAGAUAUAUUAAAACAUCAGUAGAGUUUAGACAAAUGGAAAAUGCCUAUCUUCUAAAAAUGUUUUCCAACAUAUCUACUGCUUCAAUUCUGAUCCACACUUCAGCUUUGUACUUCUUACAUGAGUGAGCAUAAUAAACACGUUAUGUACCUUUUUUCAAUUAGUAUACUCAGCCCUCCUAUUCACACACCAUUCUGCAGACAAUCACAUAAUCCUGCUCCAAGCUACCACCAAAACAAUAGGUUCUAUAUAUGGAGCCAGAGUGCAGACAAUGCAGUGUACAGUUAUAAUUUUUGAGAUUCGUUUGCUUUGUAAAAUAAUUCAUAGUAUAAAGAGAAUUGACCAUGGUUUAAUAUUUAGGAUUUCCAGUUAAACUGGCAAAUUAUUAUUAUAUUUGUCUUUCAAUGAAAUAUAAUAUAUUUCUGGUUUAUCUGGUUAAAACCAGAUAAAUCUAAUCUGCUAUUGGAAAACUGCUUUGUAAAUUUGAAAACAGAAUUUUCAUUGAUUAACUUAUUGAAUACAAUCAAAAGUUAAGCAUAUACUAUACUGAAAUUGAUAGAUAUUUAACUACACAGAUAAACAUCAAAGACACAUUCAUUUUCAUUGGAAAUUGAGGAAAAGUGAUCUUUCAGAUAUGUUGCUAUUUUCAGCUAAGGAGUAAUAGCACAAUGUUUGUGUAUUUUACAUUAAUUGUUUUAAUUAAGCUUGUUAGUAUUUGUAUGCUGAAAAAUACAUGUAUUCUAAUGUAUUCUAAUGAUUUGGAACAUAUAACAAUAAAAUUCUGCCUUACAGGCCAUCCCAUCCCAAUGAAGGAGUGUUAAAUUAGGACAGCUAAAAUUCAUAUCCUGAAAAACUUCAUGUAAUAUGUUGAUGUGAAUUUAAUGUAUUGCAAACCUUUUUUGGAAUAAUUCUUUUUCACUGAAUGUAAAAACUAUUGUAUUCUAACAUAUCUAUAAAUUGUUUUGGAAAACAAAUAUUCUCUAUGAAUUGUGACAUCACAAUUCUUGCCUAUGACAAUUCAUUUUGUGUAUUUCUAGGAUUUCUCACGUGCAGGAUUUCUUACACUUUGUUUUAGAGUUAUCUCUAGUAUGAAUCCAGGGUAUAUUGUAGUGUGUCUUGCCACAUUUAUCUUUGCAUAUAUUUCAGUUGUUCUGGCUUUUUUCACAUUUCAGUUUUUCAGUAUGUCCAAAUUCAUUUUUGCAUUUGAAUUCAACAAAACACAAAUAAUAGCUCCACAUUUUGGUUUUGAAUAAAAUGUCUUCAAUUAAACAUAAAAUGUCAAUGCUUUGCUUUUUUACAUAUAUACAUAAGCACUGUAUUUAUAAAAUAUUCUAUUAUAUUGUACUGUAAAUAUUGGCAUACUGUUCUCUUACAUUCCAUCUUAGAGCAGGCCCUUUUUCUGGAGCUAUUCUACCAUAUUUGUAGCAGAAGCAGUAGAACAUAUAAUUAAAGUUAAUUUGAAACUUAAAAGCAAAUCUGCAUUUCCAGUGUGCAAAGCUGUGAUGGAAAAUAUGUUCUUGGGACAUUGUUGAUACAUCUAGAUUCUAGAAAAUGCAAUGUGAGUGGAAUAAUAGAUACUGCUGUUAUCCCAAAGUACUAUUAAAUUCUCUCUGCAAUAUAUGUUUUUUGAAAUGAAACAUUUGUUGUAACAUAUUUGAAUCUAAUAGUAAAUAGAGUGCCUUGCUCUAAAAGGUGCUGUUCAAAAUUAACUUUUAUAUUGCAUUUUUAUGUAUGCUUUUUAUACUAUAAAUACUCCGCUGAUAAAAUUUUUAUUUUUAGAAAAGUAGUGUCUUGACAUCCUGUAUACAUACAUCAACUUUGCAAAUUUCUGCUUGUAAUACCUGAUAGUAGAUUAAAUUUCUGGAGUGUUGUACAGAUAUAUUUAUGUUUUGAAAUCAGUUUUAUUUAGUGUACUAUACGUUAGGAUAAUAAAGUUUAAAUUCAGUGACUUAAGUUGACAUAAUUUGUAAUGUUGAAAAAUAUGAUUGCUUGAUUUUCUGUAAUGGGGAAUACAAAAUUCCUAUUAA